AUGCCAGUUCAGCAAAUAAACGUAAAGAAUUCAUCUGAUAUCGAAAGUUGGGAAUGGGGUGGUGGUUGUGGAAGAGAGGCAGUUAGGGCUGAAUCAGGGAGCAGUCGUACUUCAUGUAGUAACUCAAGCGGAGACAUCUGUCGCAUUUGCCAUUGCGAAAGUGAAGCUCAUAAUCCUUUGCUGGCACCGUGCUACUGUUCUGGUAGUCUGAAAUAUGUCCAUCAAAGUUGUCUGCAACAAUGGCUGACAGCAUCAGAAACUAGGUCAUGUGAACUGUGUAAAUUUAACUUUAUUAUGCAUACAAAAAUAAAACCAUUCAAUGAGUGGCGACUACUCGAAAUGUCGGGCGUUGAGCGACGUCGGCUGUGCUGUGCGGUCUUGUUUCACUGCGUGGCAGCGCUCUGCGUGAUGUGGUCGCUGUUCGUACUGAUCGAGCGAGCAGUGGAGGAGGUCAACCGUGGACUCAUCGCGUGGCCGUUUUGGACGAAGUUGGUGGUGGUGGCAGUGGGUUUCACGGGUGGUGCUGUGUUCAUGUACAUACAAUGCCGACAAUACCUGCACCUUUGCAAUCGCUGGCGGGCGCAUAAUAGGAUACUGUUGAUCCAGAACGCUCCUGAGAAGGUGCCUAUAAGCGGGUCGCCGCCCGGGCGCAGGGUGCGGCGCUCGCGCAGCUCUCGCGGGCAGGUGGUGGCGAACAUCGAGCCGCUGCCGCCGCCCGCCGCCUACCACGAGGAGGACGAGAGCGGCGGCUUCGAGACCUACCGCGGCAACCCGCGCCGCUUGUCCUCGCUCGCGCGCCAGCACGAGCCGCGCCGCCACUCGGACGUGCAGCACGCCGCGCCCGCCGCGCACACUCCGCCCCCCGCGCACGCCUCGCACACCGCACCCGCCGCCCCCGAGGGAGGAGUGUACCACAUAAGCGUGGACCCGUUAGAAGCGGACAUAAGAGAGCUGCUGGCGCUGGAGGCGAGGAGAGAAGCGCGGGCGGCGCGCUCGCUGCCGAAUCUGCGCGCCAGCCGCGAGAGCCUGCUGCCGGCGCCGCACAGCGCGCACGUGGCGCUGGUGGCGCACGCGCAACAUGUGGCGCCGGCAGCGCUCGCCCCGCCCACCGCGCCCGACCCCGCCUCCUGA